AUGGCAGCACCAAAAGCUGCCCUCAGCCUUUGGUCGAUCACAACGCUUUCAACCCUCCUCGGUAUGGGUUGCAGCUCGAUCGGAUUGGUGCGGGGCAGACAUCGGCCGUCAGGCAUGCAGCAGCCUGUUCGCCUUUGGAGCUACCAUGAGCAGUCAGUCAGACUGUCGCUGACUCUGAGCAGAGACAAACCCGUCCGCUUCGCCAUUGCCGAAACUCUCCAGGGAAAGCCCUCCAACGCUCCCGUGAAAAUCUUCAGGAGAAAACCGCUCAACUUGCGCCACGACAACCGGGAGCUCCCAGCAAACGCUCUGCGUGCCGGUGACACCUUACUCCAGGGACCCGGCCGAUAG